UGCCAGUGCAAGAAUGUACUAGAUGUGAGGCACUGCUCAGCAUGUGGCCUGAGAAGACUUUCUGGUGAAUUGUGGGAUUCCAAUUUGCCAUAAUAUAGUGUUAAGAGGGAUGAUACUGCAUAAAUAAUGGAACUUAUAUUAAGAUGACCAUGCCACAGCUCCCUGGAAGUAAUCCUACAAUAACUGAAGAAAAUGAGGAAGAAAAUGCUAAAGCUCCAAACAGAUCAAAACCUGCCAGCCCUCAGCCACAUUCAAGGCCUGCAAGUCAGUCCACUGGAUCAUGUCUGGAGUUGAAACCCACUGGAUCAUGCUCCACCACACCACGCAAAAGCCUCAAUGAGGGUAGUAAUGAGACACUCCAGCAGCACCCUGCUAGUGGUGGUCAGGAGCUGCCCGGGUCAACUACCCAAGUCACCACGCCCAAUACAAGCCCUAACCCCAUGCGUCGGUUCUCCAGGACAGGAAUUCAUCCCAUGCUGGGAGUGGGCCUUGCUAUUCGAGAAGCAUUUGGUCCACGAGUAACGAUGACGGACACCAGUUAUGAAAGAACUGCAGAGUCUGAUACGCCAUCUCCGGUUGGAGAACAGUACAAUGACAGAAUCAUCAGCAUCACCAAGGAGGUGCCUCCAUAUGAAGAUUCAAUGGGAGGAUUAGAAGGAGUGUUCUCUGCUGAGGAGCAUGGCGCUCUUCCAGACACAGAAACCUUGUUAUUCAGAGAUGGAAAGCGACGCAUUGACAUGGUGCUGGUAUAUGAGGAAGAGGAUUAUGGUGUAAUGACAUUUGCAGAGGUCACUAGACGGGAGAUGAGAAGGGUGUUUCAGGAGAAUCUUAUAAAGGAAGGACUAGAACUGGAACUUGAGGAAAAGCAGAUGGCAUUCGACCAGGAAAAGUUCUUCCUUAAAGUGCAUGUUCCCUGGAAGGCCCUGACUCGGUAUGCUGAGGUCAUGAACAUGAAGAUGCCAAUCAAGUGUUUUGUCAGGACGAGUGACGGACCAAGAGCAAUAUUCAAGGAGGUGGGGGAUGACAGGCAACAAAAAAAGGGCAGCUUGCUGCCCCACAAAUUCAUGAAGAUCUUUGAAUAUGACCACACUCGGAUACCCAAGGAACCUUCAUUCUACACAGCAACAUACAGGCAGGACAAAGAAGAGCAAUUCAUCAUCAAAGAUCGUGAAACAUUCUUCACAGCUGCUCAAAGGAGUCAGGUGGUGUGGCAGAUUAUGAUGAGAGCAAAGUAUGAUGACAGUGAGAAGGUUGGUAUUAGACGACUACUCAACAAUGGUACAUACCUUGCUGCUUUCCCCCUGCAUGAAGGAAGCUACAGGAAAGACUCACGGAAUGGCAUAAACUUGGACAGACGGUUACUGUACAGCGAAUGGGCUUGUCCCAGCAGGUGGUACAAGAAACAACCACUGUGGCUCAUCAAAAAGUAUUUUGGUGAGAAGAUAGGCCUCUAUUUUGCUUGGCUUGGCUUCUAUACAAAAAUGCUCAUCCCAGCAUCUGUUGUUGGUCUACUCUGCUUCUUCUAUGGUCUCCUCUCCAUGAAUUCCAGUGACAAUAUACCAAGUAUGGAGAUUUGUGACCCCAACAUUGGUGGAAACAUCAUAAUGUGUCCCUUGUGUGACAAGGUGUGUGACUACCAAAAGCUCAACUCUUCUUGCGUCUUUGCUGAGAUCACAUACUUAUUUGAUAAUCCUGCAACUGUCUUCUUCGCCAUAUUCAUGUCCUUUUGGGCAACAACCUUCCUGGAGCUGUGGAAAAGACAGCAAGCUGUUAUUGUGUGGGAGUGGGACUUACAAAAUGUUGAAGAAGAUGAGGAACCACGACCUGAAUUUGAAACCUCAGUAAAAACUUUUCGCACCAAUCCUGUGACAAUGGAAAGAGAGCCUUAUCUUCCUACGUGGAGCAGAGCAUGGAGGUUUCUAGCAACCAGUUCAGCUGUUAUGUUCAUGGUGGUUGUUGUUAUGGGAGCUGUCCUGGGAACAAUAAUUUAUCGCAUAUCUGUAGUGACUGUUAUCUAUGGAAGUGGAGAACAAUUUCUGAAAAAGCAUGCAAAGAUUUUUACAUCCAUCACAGCUGCUGUCAUCAACUUGGUGAUCAUCAUGAUCCUCACGAAGCUAUACCAGAGACUGGCCCUGUGGCUCACGAACUUGGAAAACCCACGAACACAAACAGAAUAUGAAGACAGCUACACAUUCAAGAUCUUUGUUUUCCAAUUUGUAAACUUCUAUUCUUCACUAAUCUACAUUGCAUUCUUCAAGGGGAGAUUUUUUGUUCAUCCUGGGGAUGCAAGUGCCAGAAAUUCAGCAUUCACAAGGCUCAAAAUAGAUGUGUGUGACCCUGCUGGGUGUCUGUCAGAACUGUGCAUACAACUGUCUAUCAUCAUGGUUGGAAAACAGCUGCUUAAUAAUUUCCUGGAAAUCCUCUACCCGAAAAUGUACAACUGGUGGAGCAAGCGUAUGCAUCGUUCCAACACCAAGAAUCUUGAAAGGAAGUACACACGUUGGGAGGAAGACUUUCAACUCCAAGAUCCAGGACGACUUGCACUUUUUGAAGAAUAUCUUGAAAUGGUUCUUCAAUAUGGCUUUGUGACCCUCUUUGUUGCUGCUUUUCCACUAGCACCACUAUUUGCCCUUCUCAACAACAUUGGAGAAAUACGCCUAGAUGCAUAUAAAAUGGUGACACAAGCUCGGAGGCCUCUUGCUGAGAGGGUUCAGGACAUUGGUGCAUGGUAUGGUAUACUACAAGGUGUCACUUUUGCUGCAGUAGUAUCAAAUGCAUUUGUUAUUGCAUACACCAGUGAUUUCAUACCCCGAAUGGUCUAUAAAUAUGUGUACUCUCCAACAGAGACCCUGGCAGGGUACAUUGACUCAUCACUCUCAGAAUUCAAUACAUCUGACUAUCGCCAAGACAUGGGAGCAGAUACAGAAGAAGACCCCCCAACUUGCCAGUACAGAGGUUAUCGCAAUCCUCCAAUACAUGAAAAGAAAUAUGAUUUGUCUCCACAGUACUGGCACGUGUUUGCAGCCCGGCUAGCCUUUGUUGUAGUGUUUGAGCACAUCGUUUUUGCGCUCACAGGAAUAAUGGCAUAUGCAAUACCUGAUGUACCUGCUGAAGUACGAACUCAAAUACAGCGAGAGAAAUUACUGGAAAAGGAAGCAAAAUAUGAGCAUGGGACACAGGGGAACAUUAGUGCUAACUAUGGUGAGAUACUGCUUGCUCAGAGGGAGCGAAGCUUAAUGGCUGCGGCUGGGGCUGCACGGAGUUGGUGGGGACGAAGACUCAGUCGUGUGUCAGACAGUUUUGAUGUUCAAGAAACGACCUCAAGACAGCACAAGGUUAAUAAUAGUAACUCUACAGUAUGGGAAGUGACAAGGUAGUGAUAAUCAUAAAUGUGCAUUUGCUUCAAAGAAUCUUAGAUGGUGCUAAUGUUGUAAGUUAUAAACUGAAAAAUAUUCUUUACCACCCUCAAUCAUAGGAACAGGUUUGAAAAUAAGUAGAAAGUGACUUUACAUGCUCAAUAUGUGUGUAUGAGACUAGCAGAACAAGCAAAUUAUGUAGGCUUUCAAAAACCAGUACACUACAUUUGGCAUAACAUGGAACACAGAUUUUAAAGCAGUUAAUAGUUUUUGACUAGCUACAACAAUCCCAAGGCUAAGAGUCUAAUUAUCUUUUCCCACCUCCCUUUGCAGUUGAUUACUGGUAAUUCUGUAGCAACAAACUCUCUGGUAACAGAACCAAAUGGUUUAACAACAUUAAUACAUGUCUGCAGUAGGAGAUACAGUAUAAUGGAAAAGGUAAAGCUAUCCCUGUAACAGGCUGUGAAGGUCCAUUGGGUUGUGAGACGUCGAGGCUCCCAC